AUCUCCUUGAUGAAGAAGGAGGAGGAAGGAAGAGAAAGGCAGCACUGUAGGGAAUGCCAAGCAUCCGAGCUCCAUCCCCACCACCGCCAUCCUCCUCAUCAUGCAUCCGGGAAAAAAGCACCCGAGGCCGGCCAUGAACCUCCGCGGUUGAGCGCCCGAGCACCAGCGCUCGAAACAGCAGCAGCAGCGACGCCGGUGAUGCCCACGCUCGGCCGGAUUACGACGACGACGACGGCCGCCGAGUGAGGGAGGCCGCUUCCCUGGCCAAGAUGGUCCGCGUAGCCCGCGCCCUUGGUCUGAUCAUACUGUGCGUGGCGGUGCUCAUCCUGUCGCUUAUCAGCUACGUUUCCCUGCGGAAGGACAGCCUCUUUGGGACGGCCGUCGGGGGGCCCAGGAUCAUGUUCCACGCGGGCUUCCGAUCACAGUUUGCCAUGAACUUCCUGGACCCCUCCUUCAUCCCGCUGACCAACGCCCUAAACGAGGAGCUCCAGGGGAAACCGUCCAAGUGGAAAUUCAACAAGACCGCCUUUUUCCAGCAGAGGAAGGACAUCUUCAACUUCAUCGACAUUCCGCACAACUUCUCUCUGACCAAAAGCAGCGUGCGCGUGGGCCAACUGAUGCACUUUGACUACUCUAGCCACAAGUAUGUGUUCUCCAUCAGCAACAACUUCAAGUCUCUGCUGCCCGACGCCUCGCCCAUCUUGGACAAGCACUACGGCACGUGCGCGGUGGUAGGCAACAGCGGCAUCCUGACAGGCAGCCGCUGUGGCUCCGAGAUCGACGGCGCCGACUUUGUGUUUCGCUGCAACUUCGCACCCACCGAAGUGUACGCCCAGGACGUGGGCCGCAAGACUAACUUAACCACGUUCAACCCCAGCAUCCUGGAGCGCUACUAUAACAACUUGCUGACCAUCCAGGAUCGCAACAACUUCUUCCUGCACCUAAAGAAGCUGGAGGGCGCGAUCCUUUGGAUCCCAGCCUUCUUCCUACACACCUCGGCCACCGUCACCCGCACUCUGGUGGACUUUUUCGUGGAGCACAAGGGCCGGCUGAAGGUGGAACUGGCCUGGCCCGGGAACAUCAUGCGUGACGUCAACAAAUACUGGAAGACCAAGAACCUUUCCCCCAAGCGCCUGAGCACUGGCAUCCUCAUGUACACGCUGGCAUCAGCCAUGUGCGACGAGAUUCACCUAUACGGCUUCUGGCCCUUCGGCUGGGACCCCAACACGGGCAAGGACCUGCCCUACCACUACUACGACAAGAAGGGCACCAAGUUCACCACCAAGUGGCAGGAAACUCACCAGCUGCCCAGUGAGUUCAAGCUGCUCUACCGCCUGCAUCGCGAUGGCGUCACCAAGCUCAGCCUGACGCACUGCACGUAAAGGAGAGUGGGGAGAUCGGCACGUGACGCCGCCUUCCGCAUGCCGAGCGCUCAUUCCGCAAGUCCGCCUCGCUGACUUUUUGUAUUCUGGUCGUACUUCGCAUGCCCGCCGGUGGUGGAGAAAUACAGUGGAACCUCCGAGACGGAAAGUAACUUUAGAACAUCUGUCAAAAUGCAACACCCAUCCAAGACAUUUCAAGUCAUCAAAUCAUCCACCAUUCAAAUCAGCCCACCUAUUUGGAUUAAAUGGACCAAAAUAUUAAUGUUGGAGGUUCCACUGUAAAUUCGAGUUGUGUUUUAACUCACUGGUUGCCAUUGAUGGUGAUAGACGAACCAGAUCUACUUUAAAAAGGAACUGUUUGUCCAUUGACCACACAAUAACUUUGGCAUAUUUACACUAUUAACAAUCAAAAUAAGGAAACGGAUUAACAACCUUCUACAUUCUAACAGCUUAAAUGUUAUUUUUAGAAAUGAACUCAUUGCUAUUUAGUAAUCAUUUAGCGAGAUUGAUCAUCUAAAAUGUUCCAUAUUUCUCUUUUUUGUGCCUGUUAUAGCAAUGUUUUUUGUUUUAACAUAUAGAGAAAGUUGAAAACAGGAUAUAUCUUUUAUUUACAAUUUAAUAUUUAUUUAUUUUUAAAAAAACAAGUUGAAAAAAGCUGCAAAAGUUAAAAAAAAACCCAAACAUUAUUUUUUCAAAUGUUUAUAUUUAUUAAAAAAAAAGUGAAACUGUGAUCUUAUUAUCCCAAAAUUUAAUCACCUCUUCCGUUCAAUAUGGAAAACAUCCUGCGAAUUUGAUAACAAUCCGUUUUUUCCCUUCUAGGUUACCUUGAACACAAACAUACAACCCCAAUUGGGCUCUGUGACCUUUGACCUCACUAACCCAAAAUUUAAUCACAUCCUUCGUUUCAUAUUAAAAACUGUCCAGGAAAUUUAAUGAUAAUCCCUUUCUUUCUAAGUUACCUUGAAAACAAACAUACAAACGCAAUUUUGCUCUGUGAACUUUGAUCUUACUGCCCCUAAAUUUAAUCACCUCUUUCGUUUCAUAUUCCAAUCAUAUCCUGCAAACUUGAUAAUAAUCCCUAUCUUUGUUUUUUUGAUUAUCUUGAACACAAACGUACAGACUCAAUUUGGCUCCAUGACCUUUGACUUCCCUACCCCAAAAUUUAACCACCUCUUCCGUUUUAUAUUACAAACAUAUACUACAAAUUUGAUAAUAAUCCCUCUCUUCAUUCUUGAGUUACUUUGAACACAAACAAAUUCAAUUUAGCCCUGUGACCUUUGACCUCACAUCACAAAAAGCAGCUUAAUUAUCUUUGUAAUUAUAUAAGUAUAACACCAUAACCAUAACCAUAGUCAAAAUUCGAUAUUUGCAAACAUCUGAUUUUUGAUAAGCAAUACAAGUUAAAAAAAUCACACAUGAACUUUUACUAUACAUAAUUUUUUUUUCUCGGUAGAACAUUUACAGCUAAAAUUAUAAAUCCAGAGUAAUAUAACAGUACAUUUAGUAACUUCAUAUAUGUCAACUCAUCGCAAAAAUAAUGUGUGGCAGCCCUAAUGUUAACUCAUUGGCACAGAAUUAAAUUUGAUGUCUAUCGCUUUCAAUGGCAGUGAAUGAGUUAAAAUCCUGGCAUUAAAUAAAAAAAAAAUAAAUAAAAAAAAAAAUCACUGCCUAAUCUCAGGGAAGGAGUUAGAUCAGUGUUUUGAAAUCCGAACAAGCGCGGUACCCUCUUUGACCACAAGACAAUCUGCGCUACUCUUGUUUACAACACUUUGUGUCCCAAUUCUAAAACUUUUGGAUAAAUAAGCAACAUUCCAAAUAAUAAGCCAUAAAUUCACAGAAAUAGGUCAUAAAAUGGAUAUAUAUUUACACAUAAGAUGUUAAUAUUGUACUACUAACUAUUGUCAAGUUGGGUGUUACAUUCAAAAAUGUUUUUAGCCUUUUAGGGUAACAAAAGGAAUGUCACGGUACAGACAAAAGAUUACAGCGCAGGAAGGAUUUUUUUUUUUUCUUCAAGAAACAAAAAUGUAAUAAAGUGGAAAUAAGAGACUAUAUUGAAUGAAAUAUUAACAAGGGAAAAGAACAUUUAGGGUAUUUUCCAUCCGAAAUGAGUUUCUUUCCUUUUUGUUUUGAUACCACUAGUUUUCUUUCCGGUAAAAUUCUGUUGCUUCAUGAUUUUGAAAAAGAAAAAAAAUAAAUAAUUUAAUUGGUGUAAAAUUACACAUUCAUGGGGUAAAAAUACAACCUUACCUUACCAAUACCAAUAGCUUUUAGCUUUAAAAAAUGUAAGACUAUUUUUUUAACACGAGAUAUUUUUCCUUUUCAAAAGCCAACUGAUCUCGUAAAUUUCAGUACCAUUACAGCUCAUCUAAAAAACGGCAUAUUUUUUAAAUUAACUUUUGCAAUGAAAUGUAACAAAUAUUUUCUUGUCAAAUUACAACUUUAGUAGCUUAGUAUGACAUGUUGAUUUUUUUUUUUUUUCUCGUUUAACUGUUCUCAUUACCAUCUUUUUUUUGGGGGGGGGGGGGGGGUCAAAACGUACGACCUUACUCUUUUAAUGUUAGCCACAUUCCAUGUUAACUGAAACUUUUUUCAUGCAAAAUCACAAUUUUCCUCUUGUCAAAAUUCCAACUUUUUUUUCGUGACUUUAUGGGCCAACACAGCAUUAGCUAGUGUGACUAAAUCUUAAGCUGAUAUGAUAUUUUGAACCAAUUUCUACCUUCCAAACAGUUUGGAUUUUGACCGUCUCUACAGCAACCCUUAACGACAACAAACCCAUAGACAUUACGUACUACGAAAGAUUUGCUGCAUCUUGUUACGAUAGCAUGUUCCACUCAAACUCACAUGCAUGCGAGAGGCAUCAACAAUUCUUUUUUAGAACAUUCUUUGUGGAGAGGUACAUUGCUGACAGCCAUUUUGCUUAAAAGUAGUGUUUGAAUUAGCUUAUGGUCGCAGAAUUGCACAACAGUAAAAGCCACUGGGUCCAGAUGGUUACCCUGUUCAUUAUAAUGAGAAUGUCAUUGUAGGAACUCAAGGCACAUCUUUGGCAUAAUAGUAUUACAGCUUAAUGCUACUGAAGAGGCAAAACUGUACACUAGUUGACAUAUGUGUACUACUAAUACUCGUCUGGAAUGUGUGAAAAUUUCUCAGACACAAUAUCAAAUGGAACGAAUUUCAGAACCAACCAGACGACCUUCACUUUAUUAAAAUUAGUCAACUCUGAGUUUCUUCAGUUGAUUCAAGCAUGGAAAUAAAUAUACGUCAUGCAGCCAUACAAAUAUGCAAACAAAUUCAGUGGUAUGAAAAAGUAUCUGAACCUUUUGGAAUUUCUCACAUUUCUGCAUAAAAUCACCAUCAAAUGUGAUCUGAUCUUUGUCAAAAUCACACCGCUGAAAGUGUCUGCUUUAACGAAAACCACCCAAACAUUUAUAGGUUUUCAUAUUUUAAUGAGGAUAGUAUGCAAACAAUGACAGAAAGCGGAAAAAUAAGUAAGUGAACCAUCAUAUUUAAUAUUUUGUGCACCCCCCCCCCCCCCUCCUUUGGCAGCAAUAACUUCAACCAGAUGCUUCCUGUAGCUGCAGAUCAGUCUGGCACAUUAAUCAGGACUAAUCUUGGCCCAUUCUUCUCUAAAAAACUGCUAUAGUUCAGUCAGAUUCCUGGCAUAUCUGGCAUGAAAUGCUGUCCUUAGGGUCAUGCCACAGCAUCUCAAUGGGGUUCAAGUCUGGACUUUGACUUGGCCACUCCAGAACAUGUAUUUUGUUCUUCUGAAACCAUUCUGAAGUUGUUUUACUUCUGUGUUUUGGAUCAUUGUCUUGUGUCAGCAUCCAUCCUCUUUUUAGCUUCAACUGUCUGACAGAUGUCCUCAGGUUUUCCUGCAAAACAUCCUGAUAAACUUUUGGAUUCAUUCUUCCAUUAAUGAUUGCAAGUUGUCCAGACCCUGAGGCAGAAAAACAGCCCCAAAUCAUGAUGCUCCCUCCACCAUGCUUCACGGUGGGGAUGAGGUGUUGAUGUUGGUGAGCUAUUCCAUUUUUCCUCCACACAUGGCAUUGUGUGUUACUACCAAACAAUUCAACUUUGGCUUCAUCAUUUCACAAAAUAUUUUUCCAAAAUGUAUGUGGAGUGCCCAAAUGCCUUUUUGCAUACAGUGAACGAGCAACAAUAUUUUUUUUAGACAGCAGUGGCUUCCUCCGUGGAGUCCUCCCAUGAACACAAUUCUUGGCCAUAGUUUUACAUAUAGUUGAUGUGUGCAGAGAUAUUGGAAUGUGCGAGUGAUUUCUGUAAGUCCUUCUAAGACACUCUAGGGUUCUCUUUUACCUCUCUGAGAAUUCUGCGCUGAACUCUUGGCAUCGUCUUUGGUGGACGUCAAUUCCUUGGGAAAGAAGCAACAGUGCCAAACUCUUUCCAUUUGUUGACAACUUCUCUGACUGUCGAUUUAUGAACAUCCAGACUUUUAGGAAUGAUUUUGUAUCCUUUCACAGUUUUAUAUAAUUCAACAAUCCUUGAUCACAGGUCUUCAGACAGCUCUUUGGACCGAGCCACACUGCACAUCAGACAAUGCUUCUCAUCAAGACAAUUCUCACCAGAUGUGUGUUUUAUAGUGGGUAGGACAGCUGUAAACCACUCAUCAGUGAUUGGGCACACACCUGACUUAAAUUAUUUUGUAAAAAUUGGUUUCAAUUGCUCUUUAAGUCUCCUUGGGCAGAAGGUUCACUUAAUUAUUUUUCUCCGUUCUGUCAUUGUUUGCAUGCUAUCCUCAUUAAAAUAUGAAAAACUCUAAAUGUUUGGGUAUUUUUAGUUAAAGCAGACACUUUUUUCCCCAUCUGUGUGAUUUUGACAAAGAUCAGAUCAGAUUUGAUGGUGAUUUUCUGCAGAAAUGUGAGAAAUUCCAAAAGGUUCAGAUAUGUUUUCAUACCACUGUAAUGCAUGUAUCAUUGUAUAUUGUUUGCUAUUAACCCUUUCAGUGCUAUUCAAAAGUUGACAAUUAAGACCUUUAACCCUUUAUAUGGGCAAGUGAAUAUUUUUAGUAAUUAAAAAACAAAACAAAAAUAGUAACAAUUAUUACAUACUAUAUUUAUUUUUAAUUAUUGUGUUUUUGUAUUAUUUAUAUAUGAUUAUAAAUAGUAAUUUAAUAAACACAUAAAAAUAAUUAAAUUAUAUUGAAUAAAAACAGAAAUUCAUUCUGGUUACGGCCCCGAGUAACACUCUAAAGUUGUUGUUUUUUUCUUUAUAAUAUUUAACUCAUUGCAUGCCAUUGACAGCGCUAGAUGUGAAACUCAUUUAAACUCUGAAGACUGGCUAUGAAAGCUCAUCUUUCUAAUCCAAAAUGGAUGAACAUCUAGCACCGUCAGUUGCAGCCAAUGAGUUAAAGUGCCUUGUAAGGGUUAAAUUUUUAAAAAAAAAAAUCACAAUUCAUGCAUGAUUAAUCCAAAAAUCUAGAUUUAGUUUCAUGUUUUCAUGCAAAAGCUCAAUUUCCUGUCAUGCCACAGGCAAUACUAGGAACAGUUUUGCCUCACUCGUUACACGGAAUGCCAAAUUGUACUACUCAUGAGGACAGUAUUGACUAAAUGUUCCUACUUCUGCCGUCAUGCAGAUCAGGCUUAUCUGUUCACAUUUUCCCCCAAGUGAGCUGGUAGGAAAAAGGACCACCCAGUCGUCGGUGGUCUUGAAAACGCUGAAAAGCACAUGACCGUACACCGCCUGACUAGAACAUGUGAGUGGCCGGAUGUCACUGGCACACUCAGAUUGAUUUGUUGUCGUAGCUUGGACUCUUUUGCCCAACUCAAGUGUUGGUAUUUUUUUGUCUUUUAAUACAAGAAGUUAUAUUGUUUAAGAUGCCGCAAACCGGUUUCCAGCUGGGUGUGAACAUAAGGAAUGUAUGCCAAAAAGAAUGGCUUUGAGGAAAGUCAUCUUGGAGGGGUUUACAAAUGCCAAGCUAAAUUGGUGUGACAAAGACAGUAUACGAAUGUCAAGCAUGAAAAGUUUUGUUCCUUUGAUUUGUUUUGGCAUUUUUAAAAAUGUAAUUUUAGCGCAUUUAUAUAUAACGGUGAUGUCAGUCUUCAGGUCCAUCUUUUUCCUAGCAUGGUUGCUAAUUCAAUGUUCAGGAAUUUAAAAAAAUAAAAAAACAACAACAUAAACCCACAUCACGCACUCAUCUGAAAUAUUUUCCUCAAAGACAUUUUUUUUCUCUCAAAUGAUCAAUGAAUGUUUAUGAUAAUGUGAUGACUGUAAUCCAGACUAAAACAAUCUUAAAUUAUGGAGGACCAGAAGUGCCAAAAUGAAAUCGACAAAUGUCAAAAUAAGUACAUCAAAUUUGGAACGAUAAAUGUAGAGAUAAAAUUUCAAAAAUGGAAAUAAAUCAAAAAUACAUAGGAAAUACAAGAAAAAUGCAAUAAAUGUUGAGAUACAUAAAUAAAAUGUUAAAUAAUUCUAAAAAAAAAAAUUGAAAUAACUGAAAUAAUUGUAAACUUUGAAAAAAAAGUUAUAAAUAAACAAUCAAAAUAGAUGGCAAAAUUAAAAUAAUAAAAUAUAUAAUUACUGAAAUGGUGAAAUAACAUUCAAAGACACAUUUAAUUAUGUAUGUAUUUAUUGAAUAUUGCCACUCCUGGUCCGAACUAAAAGACUUUCUAUCAAUAACUAAAUAACAGAAGCGAAAAAAUGUAUUUGAAAUGAUCAAUUUGCUAUCAGUUUGUUCAUACUGAAAGUGCCACCUACAAAAUACUUUAACACAGGAGUUUUAUUUCUUGUACUUUUUGCUGCGUUUGCAUGACUAACAUGAUUACAGAGGCUUAUGACCACAUGUCAUAAAUAUAAAGAGUCAUCAAUGUUUGCAGCGUCGCUUCGGCCAAAACAUCUGUAUAUUUCAAUGUCUUAAUAUAUUCUAUGAUAGCAAUGUGCCUGUAUAUUUAAGUCAUCAAUGACCUCAUAUGUCCAAUAAAACUAUUUUUUCUUCUGA